CAGUCCGCAACACCUUGCAGUGUGCAAUAAUAUUGUAGCCGCGUCUCAGUUCAGACUUGGACACCAUCAACGCCAUCGCCACCACUAUCGUUUUGUUUUGGAUUUGGUCGUCGGUUUCGUCUUCGCACUUACCCGUAAUACAAUAAGUAAUUCGAGUUUAUGAUAAUAUUAUUAUCAUCACAGCUUGCAAUUAAUUAUUAAAUAGGUAAUGUUAUAUUAAUUAUUAUUAUUAUAAAUAUAAAUUCGGUAGGGUUCGUGAGUGUCUAUUAAUAAAAAAAAGAAAAUGCGUCAACUAUAAUAUAUUAAAUACUUAAAAAAAUAAUGAUAAAAGUAAAAAAAAAAACCGUGCUUGCGUUUUUCUCUGCGGUCUAUAUCGAACGCGCGUAAUAUUAUGACGAUAUUGUAGUAUAUUCGUACUUUCCACAAAUCGAGUUUAUGCAUAAAGAAAUUGUGUACUAAAGAACAGUUUUAAACAAUUUUUUUUUUUCAAGUCGAUAUUGUUCGCAUUUUAAAUAUGCCUAUUUAAAAAUAUUUCGAAAAAUUCGUAUAAAAUCGACAGAAAUUGAUUAGAAAAUGUCUUUAAUGUUAACACAUUUCGGCACCAAAAUCGAUAAUUUGUACGACCAACGAGAGCUGACAGCACGAAAACAAAUGUUUUGUUAUUUAUCACAUUUCCCGUUAAUUAGACUAAAGUAUCAGUUUCACGGUCGAUUUCUUCUUAUUGUUCUUAAUGUUUAUAAUAAAUAAUGAUGAUAUUAUUUUAUUUCGACGUCUCAUUUUGAAUCACAUUUCACCAUCUAUGUAUUAUUAUAAAUAUAGGUUCGUCUUCAUUUGAAUAUUCGAUUACAUUAUUGUGACCACGUAAACCUAUAUCCUGUCUUGCGCNCUACGUUGUUUUUCACAAAUUUUACGACGUGGAAAAUUGAUAAUCGGCUAAAUAGGUUGUUCAUCACUAUUUAAGCUAGAAUAGGAAAUAGAAGACUCGUUAGAAGUUGAGGUAACAUUUAAUUUUAACAUUUUCGUUUGUGGUUGGUCUAUUGUACUAUCAUCAUCGUUCAAUAUCCUCGUGGAUUUCGGAAUAGGUUUAAAAAACUGGCUAAUCAUAUUUUUAUUUUUAUUUAAUUAUUAGUCAAGUUGUAACCAAUAUAAAAUAAAAAAGUACUUAGGUUAUUCUAAUAGUGUACAUAAACAAAAACGGACAAAACGAUUUCCUCGAUCGGCUCGGUUACUCACAAGUCACUAUAAUACGUAUACACAGUACACACUGUAAUAAACUGAUAAAUUAUUAAUACCAAAAAAUAACGUAUUUUAUAAACCAUAUUCAUUAUCUUAUAUCAAAUGACGAUUGUCGGCAGUAAACGNGUCCUUGUGGACUUCGGAAUAGGUUUAAAAAACUGGCUAAUCAUAUUUUUAUUUUUAUUUAAUUAUUAGUCAAGUUAUAACCAAUAUAAAAUAAAAAAGUACUUAGGUUAUUCUAAUAGUGUACACAAACAAAAACAGACAAAACGAUUUCCUCGAUCGGCUUGGUUACAUACAAGUCACUAUAAUACGUCUACACAGUACACACUGUAAUAAAUUAAUAAAUUAUUAAUAUCUAAAAAUAACAUAUUUUAUAAACCAUAUUCAUUAUCUUAUAUCAAAUGACGAUUGUCCGCAGUAAACGGGCAGUGACGAAUGUAUAAAUAACUCACUUCAGAUAAUUGGAUGUAUUAUUGUCUAUUAUUUACUAUUUUUAGUCGUACAUUUUAGCCGAUAAGCAGUACUGUGGCUACAAUUGUUUGCGACGAAGGAAAGAAUUAAUAAUAAUGUAUAAAAACGUAUAAACGCUUGCUGUAAGUGGGUAAUAAAUAAAUAAUUUUUGUUCCAAAAUGAUUCAAUUACAUAUCGUAUCAUGAAGAAAAAANAUUUAAUUACAUAUCGUAUUAUGGCUACAAUUGUUUGCGACGAAGGAAAGAAUUAAUAAUAACGUAUAAAAACGUAUAAACGCUUGCUGUGUAAGUGGGUAAUAAAUAAAUAAUCUUUGUUCCAAAAUGAUUCAAUUACAUAUCGUAUUAUGAAGAAAAAAAUGUAUAAAAUUAUGUUUCUUGAAAAAUAUUAAUAAUUAUUAUUUGAAUACAGGGUAGGCCUGGGCCUACCAGGCCUACCUGUUGGGCACUCCACUGUAGGUACCUCCUUUUUCCGGCUUUGUAUUAACGUGCUUUUGAUAAAAAAAAAAAAUGUGACAAUUUAAAUACUAGCAAGAUAAUGACACGUUUUUAAAUUUAUUUGUAAUUGAUUUUGAUUAUUUGAAUAUUUUUUAAUAGAUUAAUUUUUAAUUCUUCUAAGUUUUCGUUAAAAAUGCCUAUACACAACCCCUUAGUAAAAGUAUUAUAAAAUGUGUUGACACGAAUUAAGAUUGAUAUAUCUUAUUAUGUAUAUCUUAAUCCGUGGUUGGUGAUAAAUAUAAGACUUAUGUUAUUCUGAUUGAUUUCACAAAAUGAUUUGAUUGCCAAGAAUACAAUUGGAACAUUACCAUUGAAUAUUAUUUCACGGGGAAAAAACAAACUGUCCAGUUUGCCAGCAGCGAUUUUAGGUGUAUGUAUAUUUAUUAUUUGUUUUCUUUUUACGGUUUAAAUUAUUGCAGAAUAAAAAAUGGCAUGAAGAUAAAGAGCAAAUAAGUUCCUAUAAUUGAUUAAAAUAAAAUCAGUAUUAACAAAGCUAUUCAGCACGAACCUUAAAUAAACAAAUAUUGUUCAAUAGUAAUUUCCUAUUGAUAAUUAAUCAAUAUUUUGUAAAUUGAUACGUAUCGCGGCUAAUAACUUUAUCGAUAUUGAUUUUCUUUCUUAUCAACUAUAUCAACUUAUUUGGCUUUAUUAUAUUUGUAUUAUUUACCUUUAUGUCAUUUUUUAUUCCGUGAUAAUUUAAACGGUAAAAAGAAUAAGAUAAUAUACACAAAAAACAUUCACAUAAAAUCGCUGCUCGCAAAUUGGAAACAUUUUUUUUUCGUGGAAUAAGAUUCAAUGGUAUUAUUACACCUUUACGAAUAAAAUAUAAAAAUGCGUCCGUGAAAAUUUUUUUUUUUUUUAGUACACCCAGGUAUAAUAUUUUAUAGUGUAUAUAUGUUUAUUUCCUUUAGCGCCUUGAUAACAUUACCGGAAAGUAUGUUUCAUGUGUAACUAUUAUUAGUAACUUUAUACAGCACACAAAAACAAAUCGGUAAUGUCAUAUUCUUAUUAGAUUGGAUACCUUAUGGACUCGGGGCUUGGGACUUAAAGUGCUAAAAAACCCUUUAAUUAUGUAGGUACUCAAAAAAGUAUAAAUAUACAUUAGCGAAAAAAUGAGGUUAUAAGGCUCUAUCCACAAUAAUGAUGUUCAAAUUCGCAUGGGUUUAGAUUGGUUUGGACAAAUUCGAAGGGCUAACUUCAGAGACGCGACACUGCUGUAGUUUGUGCCACUGUUUUUGGAAAUUAAGAAAGUAAAAUAAAUAAAAUUUGAACGAAACGUUAAACCAUUGCUAACAACAACAACGAUUCUGAGCAAAGUCCGGUUAAAUGCUUCCUAAAAUACAGUGAUUUAUUAAACGAUUUUUGUCCAAAUUUGAAUUUAAACUGCUUUAAACUUCUAAAAAAAAAAUCCUAUCCACAUAAUUACAACCUAUGAUAAACCCGUAUUAACAUUUCGAAAAUAUUGGCCGGGCCAAAAAAAUUUUCUCCCCAUAAAUCUAUACAAACUAAAAUAUAUUCGAAAAUUGUAAAAAGUUGUACAGGAUGAUUCAUUAAGCGUGCUUAACCCAUUUUUUCGGUUAAAUUUUGCAUAUAUUGAAAUGAAUUCUGAAUUUUGGAAUUUUUAAGUGUAGUUAAAGCCGAUAUUUUCAAAUACUUUUUUACAACAUUUGAAUAGUAUCCUAUGGAAAUACCGACUUUGGUUUUUCAAAUAAGAAUCUCGUCAACCCGUUGACAAGAUGUUUCACUUUUAAUUUUAAGUGGGACCUCAAACAUGCUUAUUGUAAAAAGUAUUUACAGAUUGUAUGUAUUAUAAUUAAAAUUUAAAAAAAAGUAUAAAAAAAAAAAAGUGGGAAGAGAGUAGUGGAGUGUCAUUUGUGUGGCAGCACGGCACUCGGCAUUGUAUUAGUAUUUACCGAAGUACCUACAAUAACAACAAAAAAAGGUCUGAUGGUCGCGUGCUGCCAUAGUUAUAGGUAGGGGUAGUUGGGAAGGUGGAAUAUAUAAAGUUAUUUAAAUUAUACCUGUAUAUCAUUGCUAACAAAAAACGAUUCAAAGCGAAAUUCGGUUAUACAUGUUUUGAAUGACCUUAAUAUUUAUGAUUUUAGUCAAAAUUUGAUUUUAAAAUACUUACAAAAAAAAUUACUCUUCAAUUUUUUUUUUUUUUUGGCCACUAUAUCCAACUCAUAAUGAACCUCCGGUCAAAUAUUCUAACAUUUAUGUUUAGUCUAAGAAUUUUAUUUACAGAUAGUUUUACCUACCAAAUACUGCAAAUUACGUAAAAAUAUCGCAAUAUUAAAAUGCCUAUAAAUAGAUCAAAAAUGGCUCAAAUAUUUUGAAAACUUUACCACAUCUAGAAAAAGCGAAUAUAAGUUUUCUUUCAAUAUUUCAAGUCUCUAUAAAUAUUUUUAACUAAAUACAUUAAAAAAAUUUAAAAUAAUUAAAUAAUUACUAUCGUGCAUUUUCCGUUCUUUCUACGUAUUUGUCGGUUUACCACAGCUAUUGAAAAAACAAUAAAGAAAAUCAAAAAACGACUAUCUAACUCACCAACUAUAUUAAAAAUUCGUCAAAAAAGGUCUCUUGUUGUUUUUCAAUUGGAGCAAGAUUUCUGGUAGAAAUCACAAUGAACAAAUAAAAACAAUGAAAAUGAUAACCGCAACGGCACGCCGUAAAUAUUUGCCGUUUUAUCUGUAUAAUAUUCUUUCGGGUUUUUUCCAAUUCUUUUGACAACCCAACGGAAAAUAAAAAAAUCGACCUUUCAAUGUACCAACUCGAUCCGAAAUGCCAAAAUAAAAAAUAAGUUUGUAGUUUUUGAUCGAAACGAGAUUUCUUGAAGAGAAAAUUGCUUAGACCCAAAAACGAUAACACAUCAUAGAUAUUCGUAGCAAAACCAAUACAUUCCUCGCUACGCUCAAAAUCUAAAAAAUAGCACGUUUAGUAAAAUAAAUACCUCAAUAUGCAUUUUUUUGCUACAUACAUUUGAAUCACUUUUUUUUUUUUUUUGAUUUCCUUCCCAGCUUUUUUUUAUAAUAAAUGAGAAAAAUUGGAAAGAUUUACGGAAUUUAUUAUUUUCAAAUUGUAAAUAUUACGGCAUUUCAAAACAUGUAUAUCCGAACUCCACUCAAAGUCGUUUUUCGAUAGCAAAGAUUAAUCGUUCUCUAUAUCCCUCUAUACCCUACCUUCUAAACUUCUCAUUUACAGCAGUAUCAUACAGCAAUGGCCCACCUGUCAUGUGAAGUAAAUCCGUGUGUUUUUAAAUUGUAUGUUAACAAUUUGUUUUACGAAAAUUUAGCUGUAAACAACUUUCCCAUUAUUGAUUUUGCUUCAAUUAAAGAAGGUUGGUUUCCGGUAGGGUUUUUUUUUUAUUUUUUUCUGGUCGGUCAUUAUAUGAAAUGGAGAUCAUCUUUUGCGUUUCGUCUUGUAAUUUUAUUUUUAACAAAAACCGUCAAAAAAAGCAGUAACGGUUUAUAUUAAUUUCGUUUUUAGAUUCUGAGCAGAGCGAGUUCUGUUAUGUUGUGUGCGAUUUUUUUUCCACCUGUAAAUAACUUUUCUACCCAAAACCAAGCUCUAAUCCAAAAGUUACAAGAAACCUUUUUUGUUGCAUUUUGAACUUAAUAGAAUUUUGAUGAGUUUUCACAAAGUAUUUGUAUUAGCAUUUUCAAGAUGCUAUAACAUUUUAAAAAUAUUCUCGCCAUUUUUGAGCUACUUAUAGGCAUUAGACAUUUCCUAGAUUAUUUAAUUUUUAUUUGGUAAAUAUUAUGUAGAUAAACAAAAAUUUGUUACAAAACUCAUAAAAAAUCACCAAAUUUUGUACAGUUCUAUUCGAUUUAUGUUAACGUAAAUUAAAUUGUUAUAGCCCUGUAAAAAGGUUUAGUAAAAAAUUAUAUACAAAUUGUAUUUAAUGGUAAAACAAAUGAGUAGUGCCUAAACUAAAAAAAUCGAGUACCUAUAGUUUAUACGACGAUCCCGAAGAAAAUUAUAUUCGAUUUUUGUUUUACUACUACAUAAAAUACUUUUUAUAAAAUGUAUAUAUUAAUGUAUGAAUUUUCGCGUAAAUAUAAGAAAAAAAAUUAUUGCAUCAGCCGGGAAUCGAACUCGGGCCGCCCGCGUGGCAGGCGAGCAUUCUACCACUGAACCACUGAUGCCGAUGUAGAAAGGGAUGAAUUUCGUUACACUCAAAUUACGAGACAAAAAUAUUAAAAGGAUUAAUAAUAAAUAAAAGCUGGGAACUUAAAAAAGUUUAAAAAUACCAGAGUAUUCGUUUGCCGGAAAGAUUCCGUAAAAUUAUGCGUGACAUUUAAUUAAAAUUUAGAAAAAGCGCAAACUUUAUUAAGAUAUCGCGAUCAUUCAUGUAUACCUAAUUAGUAUUUUUACUUCUCGUUCUCUUUCUUUCUUCUUCCACUUCUCAUAGAUUCUAAACAUAUUACUUAUAAACGUAUUACUUGUAAUGACCUAUUUGUGCUGGUUUUUUUAGUUAGUAAGUUAUAUCAAAAACUAAAUUGUAUAACUAAUACUAACCUCGCACCACCAGUGGGAUAAUGUACGUAUCGUUUCAAUAAUCUGUAGAUAAAAUUGAUCAAACAUAAAUUAUUGAACAUUUAUCAAGAGUUUCAUUAUAAGUCGUUCUUUAGGGUCGAAAAAAAAAUUGAGUGCAUGUACAAUUAUACGAAUUUUCAUAUAAAAUUUUUACGAAAAUCCUAAAUAUUGUGGCCUUUCAAAACAUGUAUAGUCGAACACUGCCCAGAAUCGUUUUUCGUUAGCAAAUUUAAUCGUUGCGUACAUAUAUACAUUAAGUUCCCAUCCACCUACCUUCACAACUUCUCACCUACAACAGUAGCCCACCCACCAUGCAAAGUAUGUCCAUUUUUUUUAAUUUUAUUCAUACACAUUUGUCUGUACAGUUUGUCGGUCUUCGUUAUAUGCGAAUCCUCAAAUCAUUGAAUAAAGGCUUCAAUUUUCCUGGAAUAUCGGUUAUUGAAAAUAAUAUAUUCAUUGUAAUUAGUGAAAUCAGUUUCGUCAAAGAAUUCAUGUUGUAGUUUUCUAAAUAAUCAUGUCUCUUCAACCACCCCCCCCCCCAAAAAAAAAAAAAAAAACACGGUAAAAUAAAAUUAUAAAAAGCACCUAAAUAGAGAUGAUUUAAAAAUAAAAAAAUUACACCGUUACCUAUGCAUAUGUAUGGCAUAUUUAGGUAUUUUCCUUUCCAUUUAAAAGUUUUAAUGUAUAUUUAUAGGAAUGAAAUAAUUUGCAAGAUAUUCUGGAUACUCUAACUCUUCAUAUAAAAAUAUAAUGCCGUAACAAUUGUUUCAAGAAGUUGUUUGCAUAAUUUGUUGUGUUCGAAUCGGAUGAAUGUUUUACCGUGAAGAACUUAUUAUAAACACCGUCGUCUUUGUAUAAUAUUGAAUCAAGUUCACACUAUUAAACAAAAAAAAAAAUAUAUUAAAUUUUGAUGUACAGCAAUAAUGAAUAAUUCAAUUUACCAAAAUAGUCACUAUAUAUUUUAUAUCGUUUCAACAAAAACGUAAUCUUUUCUUAUUUCUUUCAAUGAUCGUGUUAACAGUAUACAUCUUGAUAUCGGUAAAUAAAAUUUCACGCCCGAUUAAAAUAUUUAUGUUUUUUGUAUCGAAUUUUUGGUUAGGGUUUAAAAUAUUUUCGAUACAAUUUACGUAUGUAUAAAUACCGAGCACACAACUGCAAUCGCUAGAACCGUUAUUAUUAGUGUUUUAUAGCCAUUUCUCUUUGCUUUUGUUGUUCGGAGUAUCAAAUUAAAUGUGAUAAUUUUUAAGACAUUUAUAAUAUCCAUGAAAACACAUUAAAUCGUCAAAGUUGUUUAUUAGUUUCGUCAAUACAUCUAUCAGGUAAUCAUUUAAUUCACUUGGCGAAAUAUUGAUUUUUUUGUGGAUAAAAUAUUGUUUUAACCGAGUAGAAAUGUAUUAGAAAUGUUUUUUUUUUUUUUUUAACAAAAUAGCGUAGUACAGUAGUUUUUCUUCUACGCGUUUAAAGUUCGAAUUUUAACGAAAAUCGUAUUAAUCACGUCACUUCGUUCUGAAUUGUAUUUCAUUAGCAAUAUUACAAUUGCGUACAGAUAUAGAUCAAACAACUUUAUGUUUAUCCUAUACAUUCUCAAUGGGUGGUGGGGAGUGGGUUAUAAAUUGAAACUCUUAAAAAUCAUAUCUUUCACACUUACACUUGCAUGUACAAAAAUAUUUCAUCUCUCAAACUUCACUCGUUGGUGUGAACAAAGUCAAAAAAAAAACACCUUCCGCCCAUAACAAUAUGGUGAAAUUCAUAUUGAUAUUCAACCAAAAUAUUAUUACUUCAAUCUACCUUUAGAAAAAAAAGAAAAAAAAGUGCUGUCCUUGGAUAAUGGAGACGGGUACAGCCACUUUUAUAGGUACAUAAUUUAAUGUACAUUCCUGUAAGCAACUAUAAACCAUUUCUAAUGAGAAAACGAUUCUAAGCGGAUUUCAGUCAAAUUUGUUUGUACCGAUUUUCCCGGUUUUUCUUAAUUAUUGGGAAAACUCCUGGAAAAAAUCAAAAAAUGACCUCCCUAAAGUACCACUCCAGUCAGAUUUCCUUUCAGAGACAGUGCUAUCAAUGUUAAUUGGAGCAAAAUGCUGGUAGAAAAUUUGUCCACAGAAAAAAAAAUUUGCUUAGGUACAGAUAUACAUUAAAUCUCUCUCAAUGUCCUACCUUCCCAAAUUCUAUAACAGUGGUCCAAUCAUCGUGCGGAGUAUUUCGUCCUUUUUCCUUAGCAAUCGUUAAUAUUAAAUUGAAUUAUUUCGCCCCCUCCCCCCCAUAGUCAAGGUCUAAAGACGCCCCUGUAGUAUCCACGGGUCUAACGAAACAAAUUUGUACCUAUCGAAUUAAAAAUUACUUUCUGUAUAUAUACCUAUACAUCCAAUGUUCAUUCGUAUUAAAUCUCGAGUUCAGAUGUAGUGCGAAUUGAGUUAAUUACGGUUAUUUGUAAUGUAUAUAUAUAGUGUUAUUUAUGUUAAUUGACGGGCGAGUUGCGUGUUGCGUUCUAACAGAUGGAAAUGCUCAUAGCCAUUAAUUUAGCUAAUAUUUGGGACGCGAAUACACACAAUGUUCAACUCAAAUCAGGCACCUAAUAAUAUGAAAUAUAAGUAAUUUUUUGAUUUUUUUUUUUUUUGUUUAUCUACAAAGGCGUACCUACAAUACUGAAUAAUCAUGGCGUUCUCGUUAAUGAAACGCGCCUAUUAUUCGUGCGACGAACGGCAAAAGCGCUGGUACGACAGUUUGCCGCAAAAUAUCCGAAAAAUAGAAUUGGAUGAAUGUUGUCACACGCUGAUGCAGAUCGAAAAAGGGCUGGUCGAGAAAGACACCGAGAAUACGUGGAUAUGCGAUUAUGCGGCCAAAAACGGACAUCUCGAUUGUCUGCAACACGCCCGGCUAAUGAAUCUACCAUGGAGCAGCUUUACAUGCACGUCAGCCGCUUCCGCCGGAAAUCUCGAGUGCCUUAUGUGGGCCCAUCAGAACGGGUGCAGUUUGGCAAGGAUGACGUCCGCGUUAGCGGCAAAGAACGGAAAAUUGGAAUGCCUCAAGUACGCCCGUGAAAAUCUACCCCCGUGGAACGAUAAUUUAACGGCAAUGGCCGCGUACAGCGGGUCGCUCGAGUGUCUGCAGUACGUGCACCGCAGCGGAAGUUCUUGGGAUCCACAAACGUGCUACUUAGCCGCGCUCCAAGGCAAUUUGAACUGUCUCCAGUACGCCCAUGAAAACGGCUGUCCGUGGGACGAAGUCACGACGUACUUUGCCGCCGGCACCGGAAACCUCGCAUGUCUAAAGUACGCGCACCAGAUGGGGUGCCAAUGGGACAUAGAUGGGAUCAAGAAGGCCAUGGAAGAGGGGCACAUUUCCUGUCUCCGGUACAUGCGCAAGCACGGUUGCCCGUGGUCCAGGGAAGUUUGUAACUGGGCCAUCAAAAAAGGUUACACAGACUUGUUAGUAGGCGGCAAUGACGAUUGCCCGAUGUGUCAAAAUUUAAAUUUAAAACGUACUGCCAAUGAGUUUCUUUCCAAUUCCAAAUAAGGAAUAAUAUUGUAUUAACGCUCGUAAUGUCAAAUUUUGUCAACUGUUUAAAGCAGUUUUUCUCAACUUUUUUUCACGUUUAUAAAAAUGUUUAUUUUUUUUAAAAUGUUGACUUCAAAAUUCAUCUGUUCUAAAUGACCAGUGC